AUGGCGCUAACUACACUGUUUAAAUUCCUGAGCUUAUUGCUGUUAUCGUCGUUCAUCAUUUCCAUCAGCAAUUAUUACCAGACGGUCACUGUCCUCGAACCGUCUAUCAAUUUAUCAGGUGGUGGCGCCGACGAGUGGGACGAAAAUGACCUGCGGAAGUCGCCAUCGGGCGAAGCGAUCGGUGGUCGCAUCACGGAGACCCGCGGUCGACUAUCUGACUGUACCCCGGCCGACAUCCGUGCUCGGAGACCCGGUGUCAUGAUACUCGCCACGACCAAUACCGCCUUCCUGGACAUGACCCUGAACAUGUUGGAGAGCAUCCGACGGAUCAGGCUGUGCGUGAACACCACCAUCAUCGCCGAGGACCGGAGGGUGUACGAGUACCUGCACCAAUUGCUCCAAGACGACCCAGGAAUACAUGUGCGCAUGACCAACUCUGGAGAAACGGGAGGGACGGAACUCACCAUUCACACUCGCCACGGGUACUAUGGACUCUUCAACAAACGCCAGGCCUACAUCCUUGCCCUGCUGGAACAGGCCUUGGAGGUACUGUUUACUGACACCGACACUUAUUGGUUCGGAGAUCCCCUUCCUUAUUUCCACGGCGAGUUUGACAUGUACAUGGUCGACUUGGACGCUCAGGACACCAACUGUCCGCCCAUGCACAGCCCGCCAAGGGUGAAUUUCUGUGCCGGUUUCGUUCAUUUUAAGCCGACGAAGGUGACGCUCCAGUUCGUCAAAGCGUGGAUUCGGCAAAUGGCCGCCAAGCGAGACGCCAAUCGAGAAGGGGGGCAUACCAUGCCCGAUCAAGUGUUCAUGAAUAAUCUGAUUCGUGACGGCAAACCUGUUCAAGUCAAGGUUAAGUCCCUAGACAGCAAUCUCUUCCCGUGGGGAACCGGGUUUUACGCAUCGCUAGCCCACAACAAGAACCACUCGGCAGUGGUGAUGCACGCUGCAGGUAUCCGCGGACAUAAGGCCAAAGUAGACAGAUUCCGGGAAGCAGGGAUGUGGCUGGUCAAUGACACGAGUGAGGGUUUGAUUGACAAAUGGGUGGUUUAAGGUGUUAUUUUGUUGGCAUGUGGGGUGUCUAGCCUAUUACUAGUGUAUCCAGUCAAAAUGUUCCAAUCUCAAUUGCUAAAUGUCGACUUUUGCUAUUUUAAGGCAAUGUUGUCAACUGCAAAAAUGUACUUUAUUUUCCCUCACUAUUUUGUAGAAUUUAGAACGGUUGUAUUCAUAUUUUUUAAGUAAGGGGGUCUUUAUACCUGUGUUCGUUUUUGCACACUUUGAGUUGAACUUAUUUCUCUUCGUUUUUUUUAUUACCAAGCAUGCAUACGGCAGUCUGCAUCUGAUCGGUUGGUUUGGGGCUCAACGUCCCCCAUAAUUGAUUACGAGAAUGAUGAUGAUGAAUGAAGAUAUCAACAUACCAGUACACCACUCCAUUUUGGGUAUUUUGAUAAAAUAAAUAUUUUGAAAAAUUGGGAGGUUGCAAGUUGCAGACGCUGAUGACUUCAUUCAUUUUGGUUAUCAUAUUUUGACCCUACAACCCAUUCACUCGCCCUCUGGUGUCAGUUAUUGAUGUUGUAUUAAAAGAAUUUCAUCAUUUGCGUCCAAUUAUGAAUGUACACUGUAUGUCACUGCAAAACAACGGAAAACGCGAAAUGGGGUUUUUUUUUACUUCUACCUGGCCCAAAGGGCAUUCUUUCACUCCCGGCCUCCUCCUCGAAGGAAAAAAAUGACAUUA